CAUCCACAUUGUUCCGUCCAUCAGUAACAUCUGGUUAUCAAACCGGGUCAAUUCUCCUGUUUUUCGGCACAUUUUUUAUUCUCCUCCAUCCCCGGGGAGGACAGAAAUCAAAGUUUAUAGUUCUUUCUUGCGUGAACUCAAAACCCGAACAUGCCCAGCAAGAGGAAGAAGAACAAGCGCCGCAUGCGAAGGGUGCAGGCCCAGAGGAGAGUCCUUGAGGAGCAGCAUUCUACUGGCGCAGGCAAAGGAACCCCAGGAGUGGCUGCCGUGGCACCCCCCCUUGAAAUAUUAAAUUGUCCCCCCCUUCUCUCACCUCCUCCAGUAGUAAAGGUACCAGUCAUAAAGCCCCCUGAAAUAUCCAAUUGUCACCCCCUUAUUCCCCCCACUAUAGUAGUAAAGGUCCCAUUCGUACAGCCACCGGCCCCAGUCAAAGUACCUGAGGCUGUGGUGACGGUGGUAGAGCCUGAAGUGGUAGCAGCUGAGAUUGAAGUUGAGACCCCAGUCGAAGCUCCAGUGGAGGUUGAAGUCGAGACCCCAGAAGAAGUUCCGGAAGAAGUCCCAGUCGAGGCACCAGAAGAAGUCCCAGUCGAGGCCCCAGAAGAAGUCCCAGUCGAGGCCCCAGAAGAAGUCCCAGUCGAGGCCCCAGAAGAAGUCCCAGUCGAGGCCCCAGAAGAAGUCCCAGUCGAGACCCCAGAAGAAGUCCCAGUCGAGACCCCAGAAGAAGUCCCAGUCGAGGCCCCAGAAGAAGUCCCAGUCGAGGCCCCAGAAGAAGUCCCAGUCGAGGCCCCAGAAGAAGUCCCAGUCGAGGCCCCAGAAGAAGUCCCAGUCGAGGCCCCAGAAGAAGUCCCAGUCGAGGCCCCAGAAGAAGUCCCAGUCGAGGCCCCAGAAGAAGUCCCAGUCGAGGCCCCAGUCGUAGAAGCAGAAGCUUCUGUUGAGCCCCCUACAGAAGAAACUGCAGCAGGGCAGGAAGUUGAAGAAAGCAUAAUUCCAGAAACUGAGCCAGUAACUGAGGCCAUACCCAUUCCUGAGGCCCCUGUGUCAGCUCUUGCUGAAUUUAAGGUUCAGGUCGCAAACUCCGUAGCCAUUACCACAGAGAUCGCACAGACUCAUGAUGAGCCGUGGCUCGAGGCUGAAGUGGAGGCUGAAAUAGUUGACGAGGUCCAAGCGAAAGUAGAGGCAGUAGUAGAGGAAGAACCAGAGCCAGAUCCCAUGGUCAAGGCCGAAGCUGCCCCAGUUGUAGAAGCUGAACUUGAACUGUCGGGAAUCAAAGACGGAGACCGUCCUAUCGUCAAAGCUGAAGCCAUUCCUGAAGAUAUUGAUGUAGAAGAGCACGAGACUGUUAUGACAGAGGCACCUGAAGAGGUUCCAGUGGAGACAGAAAUGAUCCCAGAAAAGCUGUGGAAGCCCGUGGAAGCACCGAUUGAAGAAGCCCCCGUAGCCGAGGUCGCUCCAGCAGAGCUCCUCAUAGAGGCCUCAGUAGACCCUGUCAUCAACACAAUGGCUGACUUUGCCAUCACAGAAUCUGUUCCCGUUGUGGAAGCAGCCAUGGCUGAACAGGUGUCCGCAGUCUCAACGGAUUCACUUGACGCCCUAUCGGAGUUGCUGAACGACAUCACUCUAGUCACUGAGCCCGCCCCUGUCACAGCUGAUAAAGUCAUUGACGAGCCAGAGUGUGAGGAGAAAGAGGUGACAGAGUUGAGGGUGAGAGACAAUGCACUUCCACCCAAUUACCGGCCCUGCUCGGAGGACCUGCUGGCUAAAGAGGAAAUUGGAGCCCAGAUGGAAAUCGAGGCUAAAAAGGAUGCCAUAGAUGAGAAGACGGUCCUUGACGUCAUCUCUGGAGAUUUAUCUGCCCCCCACCCUGUUAUCUCAGAACUGCAGUGUCACACGCAGCUCGCCGCCCCCAAGGAUAUCCCAACAGAGGCAGUGCUGAAUGGACAGAUGGCAGCUGAGGUGGCCAUUGAGGGAUAGAUCUCUAUGGAUUUCCUCAGUCAGUAUGAAGGACUAAAGAGAGCCUGACAGUGAGCCGACCAGCGAACUUUACUUUUCAUUUUUUAGGGCUUAAAGGAACCGCUGGGAAAUUUGACAGACAUCCAACACUCAGUGCCUUUCUUGUUUGGGUUCUUACAAAAAAAUAUUAAACAAGUUUAAAAUGCAAUAUGAAGGUGGGGGAAUAAGACUUUUUUGUUGUUGAUCAGAAUGUGACAAUUUGGAAUAAACAAAUGAUUGCUUUCAUAGAUUUCUGUAUCGCAUUGCAUAUAUUGUGGAUUUGCCUCAAUUUUAAAUGGCAUGCAUUGUGUAUGAAUACUGUAGAAUUAAUGAAUGUGGCAAUGGCUUGUCUUCACGUUUGUAUGGAUAAGGGAUUAAUUCCUUGUACACGUUUCCUGUUUUAACCUGGUUUGAUUCCUUUUUGUGAAGGGACAGUAUGGCAGUUUGUACAGUACCAUAGCUACCCCCUCUUCUCUCUAUCCCCAUUGUGGUUAUUUUGUUUUUUUCAGGGACUGUAUGAUGACAGCUCCACCCUCUUUACUGUGUAGUGUCAGUGUGUCUACAGUCCCAAGUCUGUCCUGGGCAAUGUGAAAUGGUGUGUAGUUUUAGGUCCUCUGACCAGAUGCUCUUAACAUUUAAUUACCUAUGCUGCCAAUUUAAAAUAGAGUACGGGGGCCUGUAGAUCCUGUUUUUAGUGUUUCUUUUCUUUUUCUGUUUUGUAUAGACCAUAUGAUGUGGUACGACCGCUGUUUGUGUUCAGUUACGUGCUCUGGAAGAGACCAUGGAGUUGUCAUGUAAUUGAGGAGCUGGGUUGGAUUUCAUUCAGCUUUUUGAAUAAAGAUGUUACUCACCAA